UAUGUUCAGUACAUGGUGGGUCUAUGUUCUACCCUGCCGGAUUUGUCACGGCAACGGAGAAGAGGCUGGAGUAUCUAAAGGGAGGAGCGGGUGAACCAAGGGUAAUAUGCACGGAGGAAUGCAGCUUAGUGAUACUUACUUAUCUUCCAAAUAGAAGAUUGAAUGUUCAACUCUCAUGAUAUAAAGUUGGUAGGUGUGUGAAUGCUCUUCUUGUUAAAUAAAAAAUAAAAAAAAUAAAAAAGUAUACAAGGAACCUCCUUUCAGUAUGCAUUGCAAACACUCGUGACGAAAGGGACAAAAAAACAGAGGCUGAUUAAGAAAAUGAGGAAAGCAAUUGCAACAGAUUGGAAGUUAAAAAGUACAUCUUAAAACAAGGAAAAAGGAGAGAAAAGGCACAAUUUAAUACGAACUAGCCGUUUCAUUUAAAUGGAUAAUAUGUUGUACCAAUUAAGGGUGGGUUCCAUCUCCAUCUCACCACCUUUAAAUUGCCUUAAAACCAACAUGAGAGAGAGAGACAUAAAAAAUAAAUAAAAAAUAAAUAAAAAAGAAAGAAAAGAAAAAGAAAUGAAGGGCAAUAAUAGUAUUGAGAGUUGGUCAUGGUUGAUGGGUGUAUUGUUGUUGAUGUUGGGAUGGUCAAAUGAUGUGAUAUUGGUAGUGGGAGGGUCACAGGUUAGUGCAAUGUAUGUCUUUGGGGAUUCACUGGUUGAUGAUGGCAAUAACAACUACCUCAACUCCAUUGCCAAGUCUAAUUACUAUCCUUAUGGCUGUGACUACAAUAGAGGCCCUUCUGGCAGAUUUUGUAAUGGAAAAACAUUUGCUGAUUUUAUUGGAGAGAUGCUGAGAGUUCCAUAUCCUCCAGCCUUUGCAGACCCCAACACCAACGGAGACAGAAUUCUUGGGGGAGUCAAUUAUGCUUCUGCAGCUGCUGGCAUUCUCGAUGAAACUGGCCAGCACUAUGGAGAUCGAUUCAGCUUGAACCAGCAGGUGGUGAAUUUUGAGAGUACAUUGAGUCAACUAAGGACGUUGAUAGGUGCAAGUAACCUAAGUCAAUACCUGGCCAAAUCCAUUGCAGUGAUGGUGUUUGGAAGCAAUGACUACAUUAACAACUAUCUCUUGCCUUCCAUCUACCCUUCUAGAUAUAAUUACAGUCCACCACAAUUCGCCAACCUUCUCCUCAAUCAUUAUGCACGUCAAAUUGUGGCACUAUACAGUGUUGGACUUAGGAAAUUUGUGCUGGCUGGAAUUGGACCGCUUGGAUGCAUUCCGAACCAGUUAGCCACAGGUCAGGCUCCACCAGGAAGGUGCGUUGACUAUGUGAAUCAGAUGCUUGGUACCUUCAACGAAGGGCUCAGAUCACUCGUUACCAUACUCAACAACGGCACCCAUCCUGGUGCCAUAUUUGUGUAUGGCAAUACAUAUGCUAUUUUUGGUGACAUCCUAAACAACCCCGCUGUCUAUGGGUUCAACGUAGUGGACAGAGGUUGCUGUGGAAUAGGGAGGAACCAAGGACAGAUUACAUGUCUUCCCUAUGCAUUUCCAUGCCCUAAUAGGAAUCAGUAUGUGUUUUGGGAUGCCUUUCAUCCAACUCAAGCUGCCAAUGCCAUCCUUGCUCAAAGGGCGUAUUCUGGUCCACCUAACGAUUGCUACCCAAUCAAUGUUCAACAAUUGGCUCUCAUUAAUCGUUAA